CCGUGCAUGUCUGGCUCUGGAUGAGUCCGUUUAGCUGGCCUGCCUGCCUGCCACUUCUCUGCAGACUUCAGGAUUGGCUGCACGGAGCUCCUCAACACCAACCGCAGCAUAUUGAAGAUUAUUAUCCGUGCACCACCUUUUAUACUUCCAGAGGGUGCAGAGCCCAGUGCAGACAGAGUAAAGUGGAUCGAGGAAGAUGCCACCCCCCUCCUCCCCCACCACCCCCAGGGCCUCCCCCUCCUCCAACCUUUGCUGCUGCCAACACAGAGAAGCCAAAUCUUGGCCGUUCAGAGAAGGUUGGAAGAAACGCUCUGUUGACCGAUAUCACUAAAGGCUCCAGAUUAAAGAAAGCUGUCACCAAUGACCGCAGUGGACCCACACUGGACACACCCAGAGGAGGAGGAGGAGGAGGCGGAGGAGGAGGUGGAGGAGGUAGCGGAGGAGGUGGAGGAGGAAGCGGAGGAGGUGGUGGAGGAGGAGGAGGAGGAGGUGGUGGAGGAGGUGGUGGAGGUUUAGGAGGCCUGUUUGCGGGAGGGAUGCCAAAACUGAGGUCUGCAGCAAACAAAAAUGACUCUGGACCCAGCCGAGGACCCGUGCUCCCACCAGGAGGCCGCUCUUGUGGGCCCACCCCCUUCGGAGGAGGCGGAGGCUCCGCUGGCCCGCCUAAACUCCCAGGAGCCCCUGCUGGUGUCCGCAGCAAUGUCCCUGAUCUUCCCAGGGGCCGACCAAAUCUGUCAUCCAGGCAAGACACUCCAGGAGGCCCCCCUCCUCCUGUACCCAACACACCUCGACCAAACCAGAACUUCCAGUCUCGUGGGGGCCCACCUCCGCCGCCUGUCCCCACAGGACCCAGGCCCAGCACAGGACCUUCACCUCCUAGUGUUCCACCAGGGAGGCACGGAACUCUCCCUCUCCCACCAGGAGGCUCCUCAGUUGGGCCAAGACAAGGAUUCUCCGCACCUCUUCCACCCCCCCCAAACAGCAGCCGACCUUCCUUACCGCCCGCCCCCGGAGGGAGGCCUCCACUUCCUGACGACAGACCCCCACCACCACCAGCUCCUGUGGGAGGUCAUCGGCCAUCUAUGCCCCGCGAUGUGCCACCUCCUCCCCCCUCUGUCAACGCCAAGCCUCCCUCCUCUAUCUCUUCCUCCUCCUCCUCCUCCUCUCGUCCCUCAGUUGGUGGGGGUGCGCCUCCUCUCCCGCCGGGACGACCUGGCCCCCCUCCUCUCCCCCCCACCCCGGCUGGAGGGGACGACCACAACACCCCUCGUCUGCCCCAAAGGAACAUGUCACUCAACAGCCACGGUCUAGCUCCGCCACAUGGUCGGACAGGAUCUCUCCCUCCUCCACCAAACGAGAGACCUCCGUCUCUUGGAAGGAACCCCUCCUCCACACGCACAGGGCCUCUUCCUCCCCCUCCUCCCACAGGUCGUAGCGUGGGUGGGGGCAGUGUGAGGUCAUCACCAGCUCCUUCUCCUAUUGGUCGGCCCGGCCCGGGACCUGGCAGUAGACCUCCCCUCCCUCCGGACAGGCCGGGUGUAGGAGGGGCCCCUCCUCCUCCACCUCCCAUGGGCAACGGCUUCCAAAACUCUCACCACAACCAGAUACAGGCAGACGAGUGGGAGAAUAGGUUCACGUUCCAUCCAGUGUCGGACCUUCCUCCACCUGAGCCAUACGUGUCCUUCCAGAAGACCUACCCCAGCAAGAUUGGUCACACGGAUGGCAAAAGUUCUGGUAAAAAGGAGAGAGGAGCUCCCCCUCUUCCUCCUAUACCCAGGUGAAGAAGAGAUGGCAGCAACCACAAGCCCUGGACCUACUUUUCCUCUGUCUCUCUCUCGCUCUCGCUCUCUCUCUGUUUUGCGCUCAUUAUGCUUUUACCUGCGGCACGUAAAAUGGACCUGAAGUAUGGUGGACCAACGUUCAGUGCCUCUGUAGCAGCAACAUGUCAGCAUUCAAAGACCAAGUCCUGUUUAUACUCCGGUACACUGUGUUCAGAUAAAAAGUCGUACCUCUUCAGGCGCUUGGAAGAAUGUGUUUGGCAACCGGGCGAGACGAAGGCUUUGUUGACCCGGUUGCUGUGACACAGAUAACAGUAUUUCCAUGAAACUAAUCCACAUUGACUUUAUUCCAUUGACCAACGUUUUCAUCCUUUGCUUACGGUUGAUAGAUUCCAUCAUGUAGAUUGCUUGCUAGAUAUUAUAUUUUACCAACCAGCUACAGUUUUAUAAUGAAUACAAACUCUUACUUGACGAAUAAACCAGCAUUUGGCAUGUAGCUUGUGUGACUUUGCCACCGCAUUAUAUAAAGCUAAAUCAACAUGUUAUGGCAAUAUUGAUGUCAACCUUGGAGUCCAACGGUUAGUGCAGGGCUUAUAAUGCAAUCAAUCAGCUUGUUCAAGUGCGUCGACCAGCUGUCUUCUUUUGCGCCAGUGUUUCCCUCGUGCCUUCUUCUAUUCAGGAUUGUAUCUUCAGGCUGCUUACGAGAGUUAAGGGAAUUAGCCUUUUGUGCCUUAAAUUAUGUGUGUGUGUGUGUGUGUGUGUGUGUGUGUGUGUGUGUGUGUGUUUAGCUGGAUUGGAUCACCUGCUGAUGUAAAUGUAAAAACAGAAGCAAUACAGCAGCUCGAUUUGAAUUAGAAAACGUAGUAAAGCAAAGUGUCUUAAUUACAACAUCAAUGCAUAGACAGACAUGGAACCAAACUAAAAAUGGCCGCAACCAUCGCUGCAUCAAACGUCAGGGGGAAUGCAGGUGUUUAAUUUGCCAAAGCCACAUGUGCCUUCACCGUAUGUAUUUACAUCUGUGUGUUUCUGUUGGAACCACUGAAUGGUACUUUUCAUUUGCUCGUUAAAUGUGACGUGAGCAUGCAUUUAAUGUUUAUGAUUGAUGUUUUAAAGGACAUUGUGUGGCGUUAUGGCAGCAUUGGUUUACAAUAGAAGUGAUUCUCAUUUUGCUGUUUUGUUAAAAGCUGUGUUGACUUUCUAUGAAGGACUUGUGUAUGUAUCUUUAUGAUUUAAUCAAGUGGUAUCGAAGGACUGUGUCAUUUUAAGUUAUGUGUCAGAACUGUGCAGUAUUAUGUUGUGUUGCUUCACCCAGCACUGCUUUGAAUGGUCUUUUGUAUGCGUGAUGUAUUAUUAUCAUGUGUUGGUCAAAGAAAGAUUUUCCUAAAGACAAUCAUAUGGAAGAAAACCUAUUUACAUCAAUAAAUAAAAUGCUUUAAGAUGCUUUAUGUGCUCUACCCGGAGUGACAUGUGCUUUUAUUGGACGAGACAGAUACUUGUGCACAAAGGACGAUCAUUGGAUCACAAACAAGCAGAUAAAGUGAAUUAUUUUGUAUUAUUAAACAAUAUGCAACAUGUACAUGUAUGUGCAAUAAAGCUGGACAAUACAUUGAU